CCAAAGCAUUCUGAGUCCAGUCCUGCCAACACACCUUUUGGUGGUGGGCAGCAUGCCAGCCGGGCACGCAGGCAGCCGCCGCCAACGCCACCCGCUGUGCCCAACGCGAUGGAAAGAGCUGGCUUCCCGCUCUGCCUCCUGGCACUGAUCUGGCCUUGCCUGCCGCAGGGAAGGACAGGGAGCAUCCCCGAGGCCUUGCUUUUCAUAUCCACUCUGGAUGGGAGUCUGCAUGCUGUCAGUAAGAAGACUGGUGACAUCCAAUGGACCCUGAAGGAUGAUCCUAUCAUUCAGGGUCCUGUGUAUGCCACGGAACCAGCCUUCCUCCCUGACCCUAGUGACGGCAGCUUGUACAUCUUAGGAGAGGAGAGCAAACAGGGCCUCAUGAAACUCCCAUUCACCAUCCCAGAGCUGGUACAUGCCUCCCCUUGCCGCAGCUCAGACGGUGUCUUCUACACAGGAAGGAAGCAGGAUACAUGGUUCAUGGUGGACCCCAAGUCAGGCAAGAAACAGACCAUGCUGUCCACAGAGGCGUGGGAUGGGCUCUACCCUUCAGCCCCUCUUCUCUACAUUGGCCGAACACAGUACACGGUCACUAUGUAUGACCCCAGGUCCCAGGCCCUUCAGUGGAACACGACCUUCAGAGGCUACUCGGCACCCCUCCUUGACCACUUGCCUGGCUACCAGGUGGGCCACUUUGCAUCCAGUGGGGAGGGCCUGGUGGUUACCGUGGACAAGGAGAAUGGAGCAGUUCUGUGGACACAUGACUAUGGCUCACCUGUAGCGGGUAUUUAUGCCUGGCACCAGGACAGUCUACACCGGCUACCCCACCUCACUAUGGCCCUAGACACCCUGCGCUUCCUCACCCUUCGCUCCAACCAUAUUCACCUGAGGUGCUGGGCCCAACCCUCCGGAACAGCAAGCAGGGACUUCUCUACUUCUGAGACUCAGUUGCUGCUGACUCUGUAUGUGGGGAAGCAUGCCGCCAGUUUCUAUGCCUCCAGUGCGCUGGUCCACGCGGGAGUGGCACUGGUGCCCCGGGGAGUCACUCUGGCCACGGUGAAAGGACCCACCACAGAGGGAGUGACUCUGAGUGACUCAGGAGAGCGGGAGGUCACGCCGAGCACAGAUGUCAGAUACCCUCCUGGCAGUGUAACUGCCCUCCACAGCUCAUGGCUACUCAUUGGUCACCAUGAGCUUCCCCCUGUUCUGCACACCACCAUGCUCAGGGUCUUCCCCACUUCUGGGUCCGGGACUAUGGCUAAGAUCAGCCCCUCAGAGAGUGCCUCAUCCCGUACCCUCUUCCAAGAGCUUCUUAGCCUGAGCCAGGAGGUGGCCUGGGGUCUUGAGAGGCUGCCAGGGCCCCAGCCUGAGGAGGGACCCCAAGAUCUCUACCCAGGUCCUGGGUCUCAAGACAUUCUGGUAGCUGGUCUCACCACCCUCUUGCUUGGUGGCUGGAUCAUCUUUCUUCUUCGUCAGUGCAUACAAGAGAAACGUCAUGGUCCAUUGGGGAUUGUAAACCCCUGCCCUUCUCAGGACCCACUCCCUCUACUCUUGGGGGCAGCCUUGAACAACCAAGGGACCCCUUGGAGAUCUACUGCCAUCUCUCCAUCCUCCCCUGCUCCCACAGACCCCACCAUCAGGGUCCAUUCCAUCCAGAGUGCCCUGGAACCUGGAGACACCGAAGGGGUAGAAACACCAUUACUUUAUCACCUAUCUGUGUAUGUUGAAAAUCCUGCCCUAGAUCGCUUGGGCCUUGAGCCAGUGACCCUGUUAUACCAGCUGACCUCCGGCUUGGUCCACCUACACUCUCUGAACAUAGUCCACCGAGACUUGAAGCCCUGUAACAUCCUCAUCACGGGGCCUGACAGCCAGGGCCGGAGCCGAGCUGUCCUCUCUGACUUUGGCCUCUGUAAGAAGCUGCCUGCUGGACGUCACACCUUCAGUCUCUGCUCUGGCAUCCCAGGCACUGAGGGCUGGAUUGCCCCAGAGCUCCUACAGGAUGAACCCCCAGAAAGUCCCACCUGUGCCGUGGACAUCUUCUCAGCAGGGUUGGUGUUUUAUUACGUUCUCUCAGGUGGGGGGCACCCAUUUGGGAACAGCCUGCACCAACAGGCCAACAUCCUUGCAGGGGCUGCUCAGAUGGACCACUUUGAGGAGGAGACACAUGAAAAGGUAAUCGCCAAAGAGCUGGUGGAGGCCAUGCUGAGCCCUCAGCCCCAGCUUCGGCCUUCAGCUCAAUUUGUGCUAGCUCAUCCCUUCUUUUGGAGCAGAGCCAAGGAGCUUCAAUUCUUCCAGGAUGUCAGUGACCGAGUGGAGAAGGAGGCUGCGGAGGGGCCUUUGGUGACAGCUCUGGAAGCUGGAGGCAAGAUCGUGGUCAGACAAAACUGGCACAGUCACAUCUCCGGACCGCUGCAGUCAGACCUGAGAAAGUUCCGAUCAUACAAAGGGACAUCUGUUCGUGAUCUUUUGCGAGCCAUGAGAAACAAGAGACACCACUACCAGGAGCUGCCCAUGGAGGUGAGGCAGGCACUUGGCCAGGUGCCCGAGGAGUUUGUCCAAUACUUCACAUCCCGCUUUCCCCACCUGCUGCUGCACACACACAAGGCCAUGGGCAGCUGUGCGUCCGAGAGUCUUUUCCGGCCCUACUAUAGGACAGAGGGCAUGGGGAAUGAAAAAGAAAAGGCCCUAGACUGUAGAGGAAGCAGCCAAGUAGGGCGCUGAUGAGAUCAGCCCUAUGAAAGACCUAUCUGCCAAAGAAGGAGAUGGGGUGAGAGGAGCACACCAGUGUGUGGUCCAAUAGCCACCACACCAAGGCACUAAAUCACUCUAGUUCUGGGAGUCUCCCAGAUCCAAAAUGCAUGAACCAGAGUCCGACCAUACCAAGAGCUCACUUCUCUCAGCUUGGCUUGGGGGAUUCCUCAUUUGUCUCUUCCUAGCUGAGGUGUACCUCCCCCUUGGCUUCCUCUCAGCUCCAGCAUACUGCGAGAUAGCCCCUUAAUAACCAUGUGACUUCUCAUUUGAACCUUACAACACCAUUGUGAGGCAAGGACUACACACCAGAGCUAGCAUCCCCAUUUUAUAAAUUAGAAGUUAAGGCUCAAAAACGUACAGUUCAUGUCAGAGAUGGGACUUGGGGAAUUCAGAUCUUCCUGACUCUCUUACACUCUACCUAAUAUGCCGUGUUGCCUCUCUCCCACAGGCAGGGAGGAUUGGGUAUUGGGAGCUGGUCUGUUACAGGUAUCCUUGGUCCAGAUUCCCUUCUCUCCACUUCUGGAGUAUAAUCAUCAGUGACUGGUAUCCAGCUACAAAUAAAACUCUACCCCAUA